AUGGGAGGAAACAGGCCGAGCUGGGCGGGAGGUGGGGUAUCAUCCAGAGCCCGGGACGCGCCUCGGCUGCGCGCUUCCCUUCCCCACGCGUCCCGGGGCCACGAAGCCACCACGUACCGCGCUACCACACGCAGCCGCCCCGAGUUCAACCGGCUUUGGGAAAGUCUCCGAAUUCCGUCGCUUCCGGAGAGCGGACCAAUAAGAAGCUUCUGCCCGCCCCCCUACGUAGGGCGGAGUGACCUGCAGGCUGCGCGCGCUGGACCGGGCCAGGAAGUGGGCGGGGCCUCCUUUAGCCAGCCAGGCACGGUCAACCCUCAAGACCACACUUUUUGGUUGCUAGGCGACCUCUUUGCACUCCAGGUCGCGACGUCUCUCGCCUGGACUACGGAGCCCGUGGCUGGUGAGGCUGCCGAGCAGGGCCAGGCUGGGCCCUGCCCGCAAAGACGCCCAAGCCCUUCACCGGCCCCUGCGCCCGGGAGCCCUCCAGGCUCUCCUGCCUGCCCCGCCAUGACAUCGGAGCCCACGUCGCCCCCAGUUGUGCCCCCACUCCACUCCCCCAAGUCUCCCGUCUGGCCUACCUUCCCCUUCCACCGAGAAGGCAGCAGGGUCUGGGAGCGGGGCGGUGUCGCAUCUCGGGACCUGCCCAGCCCUCUGCCCACCAAACGGACCAGGACAUAUUCAGCGACAGCCCGCGCCUCGGCUGGCCCCGUGUUCAAGGGCGUCUGUAAGCAGUUCUCGCGCUCACAGGGUCAUGGCUUCAUCACCCCUGAGAAUGGGUCUGAGGACAUCUUUGUGCAUGUGUCUGACAUCGAGGGGGAGUACGUGCCCGUGGAAGGUGAUGAGGUGACGUACAAGAUGUGCCCCAUCCCGCCCAAGAACCAGAAGUUCCAGGCCGUGGAGGUGGUCCUCACCCAGCUGGCCCCCCACACGCCCCACGAGACGUGGUCUGGUCAGGUGGUGGGCUCCUAG